GUGAGCUAACAGAGCCGGUGUGGCUGCUGAGUGUCUCUUAGCAACAGCCAAGUCGCAGAUCUCUGGGCUAUGGCGAACCGGCCUUCCAUUACCCCGGAGGAGAAGGCCGAGCUUUAUUUGAGAAAACAUCAUAUCAUGGAACUGCUGAAUUACCUCACUGUUCAACUGCUCUAUCAGCAGCCCGAUAAACCAAGAGAUUUUUUGCUAAAUAUGUUAGCAAGAAUUAAGAUUGCGAAAAUAACUAUUGUAGACUUUCCUUAUCUCAUGGAUGACUCUAAUUUGGUUUCUAUGUUUGAAAUAAUGGACCCUACAAAUCAAGGUUUUAUAACCCCUGUUCAGCACAAAGAAGCUCUAAAGACCCUUGGUCUUCUGGAUCCAGAUGAAGUAAUAGGUGAAGAUGGAGAAGUUAUCACCAGGGAGGAUUUCAAAGAUGAUGUGAAUAGGAGGACUUUGAAGAUAUGGUCAUCUUUUUAAUACCCUGCACGCAGGACAAAAUAAAUGGUUCCUCACGUUUGUGGUUAUCCAGUUUAGAUACUAAAUGCAUUUCUCUCUAAAGAUUAGGUUUUUUCCCCUAUGUUAAAUUAAAUGAGUUAAAUGUGUUACAUUAAGUGACUUAAGUUGUUACAAUAAAAAGGUCAUGGAAAGUUUUAUUUCUGUAUCAGUUUUUUGUCUUUAACCUAGACCUCAGGUAAGGGGGUGGGGAGGAUGACAAGCAAAUACUCUUCUCCAUCAACCAGCCUAAUUCUUUUGGGAAAAGAUUUGCUUGAUUGCUAUGCCCCUACUUUCGUUUUGAGGCAAAUACUUGUCUCUCUCUCUUCCUGAUUUACUGCCAGGCCCUGCUGCAAUGUGGAAGAUGAGCCAAGAGUCUAAGACUCCACAGAUAAGCACAUGCAUUUACAUUAAGAUACAGCCAUGCCCUUAGAAAUCCCUGUUUCCUUAGGAUGUUUUCUUAACACCAUCAUGAAGAGAGCUUACUUAUUUAAGUAUCUGGUAUGUAUAGGCCCAGUGUUAGGUUCUAGGCUACCAAGAUUUCCCUACCAAGUCUUUAUCAUCACAUUAUUUACAGUCUAGCUAAACAGAUGCCUGUCAGGAUGUUCAGACUAGGCAAAAGGGCUAUUCUGUAACCAUAGUAUGCCAAAUUUCAAGUGACUUGAAUGGAAGUAAUAAGCACUGACCAACUUAUGCUUACUCUGACAUCUGUGCUAAGGGGAUUUUCUAAGAGAUAUAACAAUCACCCAUAUGAAACCUAACACUGGCUAGCUUCAACCAUCAAUCCUGACAGGGUGAUGACAGACUCCAGUAAACAAAAGGGAGGUGAUGGUGGCUGAAACAAAUGGCUAGGGUGGGUGGGUGGGUGAUCUGGAGGGUCCAAUAUCUGCAUAUUGUCCCCAUUCACUUUGAACUCAACUUCUACUUC